GCGCUGAACCUUGGGAACGAAGGGAGCUGGCUCCCCUGCCACCACCUGAUGAACCUCCCCCGGAAUCGGUGGAGACGAAUUCACCGACGGCUGAGCCAUCGGCAAGUUCAGUUGAACCUUCUGCGAUGACAGCCCAGCCCGUCCCUACUCCAGAUCUUCCCGCUGGGAUCAAAAAGUUCAAGACCACGUUUCAUGUGAAAAUAGAGGGGAAGACGCGGAUCUUCCCAAUCAAGCUAUACGGUGACAAGCUAGCCGCCCGAAAAGCAGCUGUCACGUUUCAGCAGCGGGUCACCCGCAUGCUGACCCGAUGUGAGGUCAUGAAGGGUCAGGCACGGAUCUGA